ACUACACUUCCCAUGAACAUGUGCGGCACUUUACGGCAUAUUGUCACAUUAUCGACAGCGUACGUCACACGCUGUUACAUGUGGAUUGUGUGAAUUGUAGCGUAACAUUUUAAUUUCGUAAACUGUGUCGUUUUGCUUGUAGUUAACUCAGUAUUUUAAAAAGACUGUCGAAUCUCAGAGGCCGCAGUUUAUUCUUAUGGAACGACAAAAGCCCGCAUUUUUCAGAAAAACAGCUGCAGAUAUCUGAACUGGUUAGCCAGAUCGCUACUUUAGCAAAGGACGGGAAAGUAAAGGCUACAUGAUAUGGAGAACUACAGAAAAGCACGUACAGUCGAGCAGCCCUCCCUGUGUCCAUUCCCCGAGCUGCCCAGCGACACUCCAGAAGUUCGAGUGAAGGAUGGCAGCAAAAUCCGAAACCUCAUGAGGUUUGCUUUAAGCCGUAUGGAGGAGAAAACAGCCUCCGCAGAUCAUCCAGGCCCUCAUGAAGGCCCAGAGGUGAGUGUUGGGUCGGGGGAGAAUCUGUGCCGUCAAAUCGUGUUCACUGGUGUGGGUCAGAGCGUGGCUAAAGCCAUCACAUGCGUGGAGAUCAUGAAACGGCGUGUACACGGCCUACACCAGCACACCAAACUGGUCUAUCGCACAGUUCAGGAGGUCUGGGAGCCCCUAGAGCCUGAUGCCGGGUUGGACCGUCUCACAGUCAACAGAAAUGUACCCAGUAUAUGGGUUCUGCUCUCCAGAGACCCACUUGAUAAGAACCAGCGGGGUUACCAAGCUCCAGGUUCUUUUGAUGCUUUGUGGGCUCAGGCUCGCAAAGAGGAAGCAGCAACUCCGAAACAUGGACAGAGAAGGAAGAGGGGUGGAACAGGGACUGGAAGGACAGAAGGGGCUGGGAGAGGAAAGUGUCCACGCAAGCCACGAAAACCUUUCGGUCAUGCUGGGGGUGGGCAGGAUUAAAUCAGUGUUGCAUCUUACUACCAUAGCUUGGUUCAUAAUGAGUAUAUUUUCCCUUUUGAAGUACCAUAUCUUGAGAAUGUCUGUCAUAAAAAUGGGCGUUUUAAAGGGUAUGUAAUGACAAGUCCCUUUAUAGUUCACCUAAAAAUAAGAUUCUGUCUUUAUUUAUUCACCCUUAACUAUUUCUGUAAAUAAAUGAGACUGACUUCAGAAAAGCCUCACUCUAAAUCUCUCCAUUGAAAUAUUGUGCCAAAGAGACAAUAAUUUUUAUACA